AUGGGCACCGAAGACAUUGAGACGCACGACACGCCCCGUGCGGGACCCGGCGAAUCGUCGUCUCUCAAGGGCCUCACCGACGUGCAAGUCGGCCGCAGCGAGCUCAGCGAUGCCAUCCCCCCCGACCACAAGUACGAGGGCCGCCACCGAUGGGAUCCCACUGCGACAUGGACCGAGGCCGAGGAGAAGAGCGUCAUUCGCAAGACGGACCUCUGCCUGCUGACAUGGCUCUGCGUCAUGUUCUUCGGUCUCCAGCUCGAUCGCGGCAACCUGUCGAACGCGCUGGCCGAUGACUUCCUCACCGACAUGAACCUCACGAGCGACGACUACAACAACGGUACCACCAUUCAGCUCGUCGCCUUCCUCGCCGCCGAGUUCCCCGUCCAGCUGUUGACCAAGCGCUACGGUUUCCGCUACGUGCUGCCCACCAUGAUGUUCGCCUGGGGCACCGUCUCGUGGGCGCAGGCCUGGAUGCACAACCGCACCGGCUUCUACAUCACCCGCGCCCUCAUUGGUUUCUGCGAGGGCGGUUUCAUCCCCGGUGCCAUCCUCUUCGCCACCUACUUCUACACCUCCAAGGAGCUGUCCAUCCGUCUCGCCGCCUUCUGGUCCACCCUCAACAUUGCUCGUGUCAUUUCGGCCCUGCUCGCCGCCGGCAUUCUCGAGAUGCGCGGCAUCGGCGGCUACCCCGGUUGGUUCUGGCUGUUCCUGCUCGAGGGUCUUCUGACCGUUGUUCUCGCCAUCAUUUCCUACCUGUACCUGCCGGCCUCGCCCACUAGCACCAAGAACGUCCUGUUCCCCAAGGGCUGGUACACAGAGCGCCAGGAGAUUAUCAUGACGAACCGCAUCCUCCGCGAUGAUCCCGCCAAGGGCCUCACGACUCUGCACCAGCCCGCCACCUGGCAGGACGUCAAGAACACUUGGUCGGAUCCGUCCAUGUGGGGGCUGUUCCUCAUCGGUCUCGUUGCCUACAUCCCCGCGACCCCCGUCCAGGCCUACCUCACGCUUACGCUACGCCGUAUCGGUUUCUCGCGGUUCGACUCGAACAUGCUCACCAUUCCCUCGGCCGUCCUCCAGAUCAUCACCAUGUUGGUCCUCGCCUACAGCAGCAACCACUUCAACGAGCGCACCUUCCACUGCUUCGUCGGCGAGUUCUGGGUCAUGCCGCUGCUUAUUGCCCUGCUGACCAUCUCGGACGGCGGCCAGGAGUGGGCGCGCUUCACCCUCGUCACUCUCAUCUCCGGGUACCCCUACUUCCACCCGAUUGUCACUUCGUGGAUCUCGGAAAAUACCUUUGACGUGAAAAAGCGAGCCAUCGCUGCCGCCACCUACAACGUCAUUGUCCAGAUGGGCAGUCUCAUUGGCAGCCAGAUCUACCGCUCCUACGACGGCCCGUACUUCAAGCAGGGCAACACGGUGCUCGUCUCCAUCUGCGCCUUUGCCCUCGUCGUCUUCGUUGUCCAGCGCCAGGUCAUCGUCUACCUCAACGGCAAGAAGGAGAAGAAGUGGGCCGCCAUGUCCGACGAGGACCGUCACAUCUACCAAAACGAUGUUCAGGCCCGCGAGGUAGACGGCAACAAGCGUCUCGACUUCCGCUACACCUACUAG